UGAAACACAAAGAACAUGAUAACGGCAAAUCGCUUCACAUUCCUCCUUUUGGGGGUGGCCCUGGCCCAGGGCAUCCUUGCCUAUAGUCCCAUCGAGAUGCCAGAGGACGAAUGGCAGGAAUACAGGAAUUUAAUGAGGGAUCCUACGUAUAGACUAGUACGAACAACCGAACCUGAAACUUAUAAAGUGACUCUGACGCCAUACUUUGAUACUAAUGACGCGAAAGCUUUCACUUUCGAUGGAGAAGUGGAGAUUCUCAUAAAGGCCAAUCAAGCUGUUUCAGAGAUCGUGCUACACUGCAACGAUUUGACUAUUUCAAAAUUGACUGUUACUACGGAGACCUCCACAACUGAUUUGGCCGAAGCCGGUCAAACCUUCACUUGCGAAGCAAAUACUAGCUUUUUAAGAAUAAAAACUACGUCACCUUUGGAGGCUGAAGCUAAAUACGUCAUAAAGAGCGAAUUUACGGGUAAUCUCCAAACUAACAUGAGAGGUUUUUACAGAAGUUGGUAUGUCGACAGCAGUGGUAAUAAGAGAUGGAUGGCUACAACUCAAUUCCAACCUGGUCAUGCGCGCCAGGCCUUCCCUUGCUACGAUGAACCGUCUUUCAAGGCCUUAUUCGAUAUUACCAUCAAGCGGCUACCGGACUUCUCUGAAACCCUAUCAAACAUGCCAAUCAAAACAAGGGGACCGCUCACUGAUGGUAGAAUUGCUGAAACCUUCCACACUACUCCUAAAACCUCUACGUAUUUGCUUGCGUUCAUUGUUUCUCACUACAAGGAGGUUGCUACUGGCACCGACCUCAAUAGACCCUUUAAGAUCUAUGCUCGUGACAAUGCUAAACUCACCGGAGAUUGGUCUUUGGAUAUUGGUGAACGUCUUCUCGAAGAGAUGGAGAAGAUCACAGAUGUUCCAUACUACGGAAUGGCUCUAAACAUGGAUAUGAAACAGGCCGCCAUCCCUGACUUUUCUGCAGGAGCUAUGGAAAAUUGGGGUCUUUUGACAUACAGAGAAGCCCUCAUUCUUUACGAUCCUAAACAUUCCAACCAUUUCUACAAGCAACGUGUAGCCAACAUUGUGUCUCAUGAGAUUGCUCACAUGUGGUUCGGAAAUUACGUCACUUGCGCCUGGUGGGACAACCUGUGGCUAAACGAAGGAUUCGCGAGAUUCUACCAAUACUACUUGACAGACAGGGUUGAUAAAAAUUUAGGCUUUGAUACUCGUUUCAUCGUGGAGCAACUGCACACGUCACUGCUUUCCGACUCUGGUGUUAACGCUCAUCCCUUGACAGACGAGAAUGUGAGCAGCCCAACAACUGUCAGCGCUCAUUUCUCAACCAUCACCUACGCCAAAGGAGCCUCUGUACUCAGAAUGACGCAGCACUUGCUCGGUAACUCAACUUUUGAGAAAGGUCUUAGGAGCUAUCUGAAAGCAAGGAGAUAUGAUGUCGCCACACCUGAUGACUUGUUCGACGCACUUCAAGAAGCUGCAACAUUGGAUGGAGCCCUGACCCAGUAUCCUGGUGCCACUGUUAAGGCCUAUUUUGAAACUUGGACAUCAAAAGCUGGUCACCCGCUACUGACAGUUACUGUUGGUAACGAUGGAACUAUGAAAGUAACUCAGGAACGCUUUGGACUCACUCCUGUCACUACUUUUGAAGGAACUUGGCAAAUUCCAAUAACUUGGACUAGUCAAGGAAAUGUGGACUUUUAUGAUCUUAAGCCAUCCCGUAUUUUAACUGGAACUUCUACAACUAUCGAUGUUGGCACUGAUCAAAGAGGUUGGCUUAUUUUCAACAAACAGCAAACUGGUUUCUACAGGGUUGACUACGAUCCAAUUACUUGGGCACAUAACACCAUGGCUCUAAGGAACGCUGAAGUAAGGAAGGACAUCCAUGUAUACAACCGUGCCCAGAUCGUGGAUGACGUAUUUUUACUAGCCAGAUCUGAAAGGAUGACCUACAGACAGGCGUUUAACAUUCUCUCGUUCCUUGAAUUUGAAGACGAGUACGCACCUUGGAUCGCCGCUAUUGCCGGAUUUAACUUUGCUGUGAGGAGAUUGGCUCACGAUGAAGCUGCUUUAGCCAAGUUACAGGCACAUAUCCACAGCACUGCCGCUGCUGUUGUCAAUCGUUUAGGUUACGAAGACAAGGGUGGAGACGAUAACUUUAUGGACGACCUCCUCCGCAUGAACCUCAUGCAGUUCCUCUGCAACGUCAAUCACGAAAAGUGUAUAGAGGAAGGAGUCAAAUCCUUCCAGAGCUGGAAAGCGAAUGAAGCAUUCCACAUCCCCGCUAACCACCGUCCAUGGGUCUACUGCGCUGGUCUCCGGGCUGGUGACGCUAGCGAUUUCGAUGUCUUCUGGUCACGUUACCUCAAAGAAGAUCUGGCUAGUGAGAAGGUAGUCAUGGUUACUGCAGCCGGUUGUACUGGAGACGAGGCAAGCUUACGCAAGUUCCUGAAUGCCAUUGUGGAUGACAAGGAAGACAUUAGACCUCAAGACUAUUCUGUUGCCCUCAACUCUGCCAUUGCUUCAAACGAAGUUAAUACACUGAGAGCCUUCGAAUGGUUGAAAACUAACGUGGACCAAACUGUGAAGACGCUUGGCAGUAUCAACUCUCCUCUCAGCACAAUUAGCAGUCGACUGUUGAAUGACGCUCAGAUUAAUACUGUCGAAACCUGGUUGAAUGAAAACGCUGAAAUUAUCGGUGCAUCAGCUGUAGCCGCUGGCAGAUCUGGUAUUGCGACUUCUAAGAGCAAUAUCGAGUGGUUGACUAAGAGGAAGGUUGAAUUCGAAGAUUACUUCGAAACCGGGUUCGAAGAUCCCUUGGCCCCACCAGUAACCGAAACUGAAGCCUCGACCAGCAGCCCGACAGCUGCUCCGUCCACCACCGAGGCUCCUGCCUCAGCAAGCACUGCCGCACUUAGUGUCGUCGCCAUGUUGGUCACCCUUGCUGUCAACUUUGUCUGUACCAAGAUGUUUGUUCCCAUAAUUUUCUGCAUCCUCUUGGGUGCCAUCAGUGCCACACCUCAGGACGACUUCAGAUCGAAUCUGGAGUUCGCCGACUACGGAACCAACUGGGUGAACAAUGGCUACAGGUUGAACGACUUCGUUCAGCCCACCGAAAUGAUCGUAGACCUUGAUGUUUACCUGAGACAAUUCAGAUUUGAUGGAGUUGUGAGAAUCAACGUUGAUGUAACAGAAAACCAGCUGAACCAGAUCGUUUUGCACCAAAACUUGGUUAAAGUAGAAGGUGUUAACGUUGUGAACGCUGUCACAAAUGACCCCGUGCCUCUCAAAAUCACAGACCCCUUCAGUGUUAACAGCACUUUUGAACUUCUGGUCAUAAACUUUGAUAGUCCUAUCAACAGUGGCAAGUACGCUAUCACUGUUCGUUAUGAAGGAAAAAUCAACGAAAACCCGAUCGACAGAGGUUUCUACGCCGGAUACUACUUCUACAACGGUGCCAAGAGGUACUACGCUACCACUCAGUUCCAGCCCUACCAUGCGAGGAAAGCAUUCCCCUGCUUCGAUGAACCUCAGUUCAAGUCUCGCUUCACUAUCUCCAUUACAAGAGACAAUGACUUAACCCCAUCGUUCUCAAACAUGGCCAUUUCUAGAACCGAACAAAUUGGAAACCGUGUUCGCGAGACCUUCCACCCCACGCCCAUAAUUUCUGCCUACUUGGUUGCUUUCCACGUGAGCGACUUUGUCAGCACCGAGUACACUAGCACAGCCUCUAGGCCCUUUAAGAUCAUCUCUCGUCAAGGAGCUACCGCGCAGCACGCAUAUGCCGCUGAAAUCGGUCUUAAAAUCACUGACGCUUUAGACGACUAUUUGGGUAUCCAAUACCACGAAAUGGGACAAGGUGUUAUCAUGAAGAAUGACCAUAUCGCUCUGCCUGACUUCCCCUCUGGUGCUAUGGAAAACUGGGGUAUGGUUAACUACAGAGAGGCAUACCUGUUGUACGACCCUGAACACACCAACCAAAACAAUAAGAACUUUAUUGCUUCCAUCAUGGCUCACGAACUCGGACACAAAUGGUUUGGUAACCUCGUCACCUGCUUCUGGUGGAGUAACCUCUGGCUCAACGAGUCUUUUGCCAGCUUCUUCGAAUAUUUUGCUGCUCACUGGGCUGAUCCAGCUUUGGAAUUAGAAGACCAGUUUGUUGUCGACUACGUGCACAGCGCUCUUACUUCUGAUGCCAGCUCUGGCGCGACUCCCAUGAACUGGGAUACAGUUGAAGACAAUCUGUCCAUCUCGGCUCACUUCAGUACCACCAGCUACGCCAAAGGAGCCUCCGUGCUCAGGAUGAUGGAGCACUUCCUUGGACAAAGGAACUUCAGAAACGGUCUCAGAUAUUACUUGAGAGACAACGCCUAUAAAAUCGGAACUCCCGAGAACUUGUAUGACGCCCUGAGACAGGCUGCCUCGGAGGACUUCACUUUUGCCCGUGAUUUCCCUAACGUGAACGUUGGAGCAGUGCUCGACAGCUGGGUCCAGAACCCUGGUGCACCAGUCUUGAAAGUCGACGUUAACAUGGAAACUGGCCUUAUCACAGUUACACAGGAACGCUACGUGGUCACCGGUAACCAACCUUCAAACCCUACAUGGCAGAUUCCACUCACAUGGACCCACGCUGGUGAAAUGAACUUCACCAACCUCAGACCUAAGACCGUCUUAUCAAGCCCUUCUACCACAAUUCAGGGAGCACCUGGUCACAACUGGGUUAUUUUCAACGUUGCCCAAUCCGGUCUGUACCGUGUCAACUACGACUCCCACAACUGGGAGAUGCUCGGUUCAUACUUGAAGAGUACCAACAGGCAAAACAUCCACAAACUGAACAGAGCUCAGAUCGUCAACGACCUUCUGUUCUUCAUUCGUUCUAAUGACAUCAGCAAGGCUCUUGGUUUUGGCGUCCUUGACUUCUUGGGCAGCGAGACUGACUACUACGUAUGGGCCGGUGCCCUCACCCAGCUGGACUGGAUCCGCAGACGUCUGGAGCACAUCCCUCAGGCUCACGAAGCUUUCACUAACUACCUUCUUUCACUUAUGAACGCCGUGAUCAACCAUCUUGGUUACAACGAGCUUGCUACUGACUCAACCUCCACGAUCCUGAACAGGAUGCAAAUCAUGAACUUCGCUUGCAACCUCGGCCACGCUGGUUGUAUCGCUGACAGUCUCAAUAAAUGGAACAGUUUCAAGAAUAACAAUGAGACUGUUCCAAAGAACCUUCGUCGCUACGUCUACUGCACCGGUCUUCGUGAGGGUAACGCCACUGACUACGAGUUCUUGCUCGAAAAAUACAACAGUGGUGAGAACACAGCCGAUAUGGUGAUCAUGCUUCGUGCCCUUGCCUGCUCCAGGGACCAGACUAGAAUCGUACACUACCUGCAAGAGAGUAUGAACAACGACAAGAUUCGUAUCCACGACCGUACCAACGCGUGGGCUUACGCUCUCCAAGGCAACCCCGAGAACUUGCCAACAGUUCUGAACUUCUUCUAUAAUAACUUUGCGGAGAUUCGUACUAAGUAUGGCGGUGAAAUCCGUCUGAACACGUGCAUCAGCUCCUUCACCGCUCAUUUGACUAGCCACGAGAGGAUAGAAGAAUUCCACUCAUUCGUGUACCAGAACCAGAUAGCAUUGGAGGGUUCCUUCAGUGUCGGAGACUCAGUAGCGAGGUCUGCCAACGCCAACAUGCUGUGGGGUAAUGCCAAUGCUCCCGAGAUCUACGAGUUCUUGAACACGAAGAGUGGUGCCGCCACCAUCGUCGCCUCAUCCAUCCUUCUCCUUGCAGCCUCACUCGUCCAGAUGCUGCGUUAAUUUAUUUAAUUUAAGACUUCAAAAUAAUUUAAGAGAAACAAAA